CAGCUUUUAACAGCACUGAGUGUUUGGCGGCAGUGGUCCGAUGGCCAAGUGGCUCAAAGACUACCUGAGUUUCGGCAGCAGGCGCGUGCCUCCCCAGCCACACCCCGACUACACCGAGAGCGAGAUACUGAAAGCCUACCGGCUCCAGAAGAAUCUGGAUUUUGAAGACCCAUACGAGGACUCCGAGAGCCGCGCCAGAAGCGACUCCGUGACGGCGGAUUCCAAUCACCUCGCCUUCGGUUCCCCGCUGAAGUCCUCCAGCCUGGAUAUGAAGGUGGUGUCGCCCAAGCAUCGUCUUAUCAAGGUGGACUCCCAAGACCUGGGCAGAACCAAGAUCCUGCUGAGCUCCAUGUCCUUGAGAGCGACCCUGCCCUGCCCUCCAGCAUGGCUGCCCUCUGUCUGCCCUACAAAUGCUUACCCUGCUCUGCUCAGACCGCUGCCCUGCAAUCACAGACAUGUAAACGCUAUACUUGACUCAUUCUCUGUCUCUCUCUCUCUCCCUGUGUGUGUGUGUGUGGUGUGUGUGUGUGGGGGAACAGUGCAGUUUGAAGGGGCAGAGUGGGACAGAUCCUCGUCUCCCACAGAGAGGUUACGCCCCCCCAGGUCCAGCCCCCUGGGGGGAGGGGGGGGGAAGUUCCGCCUGCCCCCCGACCCCCACAACCCCCUGCUGGGCGAGAGAGUGGACGCCACCCUAACCCUGGAGAAACAGGUGUGGUACCACGGGGCGCUGUCUCGCUCCGAGGCCGAGGCUCUGCUGACGCUGUGUAAGGAGUGCAGCUACCUGGUGAGGAACAGCGAGACCAGCCGCUCAGACUACUCCCUGUCUCUACGGAGCUGCCAGGGGUUCAUGCACAUGAAGUUCACCCAGUGUAAGGAUGGAAAAUACGUCCUUGGCCAGAACAGCCCUCCCUUCGACACCAUUCCUGAGGUCAUCCACUUCUACACCACACACAAGCUACCAAUCAGAGGGGCCGAGCACCUGUCCCUCCUCUUCCCUGUGCUGGUGCAGACUCUCUGAUUGGCCGGGACGCUGUUCCAGAACCCUGUAUUGCAUCACGAUUGGACGUUGGACUUGAUUGACUUGAAUGUUUAUGGGAUCUACCCAAUAGACCAUCUGUGCUGGCAUUGGACUGGGGAUUUAUGUCUGUGAAGCAGCUUGCCACCUCAGAGCCCUCAAUCUCUCUCACACACACACACACCCACACACACGUUGCGCUUGUGCCAACUCUCCCUAGUCUGGGAAUAGAUUCACCUGAGCAGCAAUUCCUGUAGCACCUGGUCUCUAGUAGGGGGCAUCUCAGUAUGGCUCAGUGGUUAGAGCAUUUGACUACACACCGAGAGAUACCAGGUUCAAGUCUGCACCUGUGUGUCUCCUUGGUUAACAGAGUAUGUUAUUAUUUUUGUAUUGUUUUCUCAGUGAACUAGCUGCAACAUUCAACUCCAUACUGAAGCAAAGAAGUUCCCUGCACUGUACUGUACUGUUCAACACUGGCUAAUCCAAUCACAACUGGACUUUCACACAAACAUACCUGGUCAACCUUGGGACGACUUGAACCAGGUGCCAAUUAUUAUUGUUGAUUUGACUCUGCGGUCUUGUCGAGUAGCGAUGUCGAAAAGCACUGUUCCAUGUCGAGAAGCUCGCUGGUUCCGUCAACCCCCCCCCCCCCCCCUCCCCCCAGCUCCGUGUGACGUAGAGGCUGCCCUCCCCGCUGUCCUGUAGCGCCGCGAGGCUGUGUGUGUGCUCGUCGUAGCCGUGUGUGUUCCCGCCUGGCGGAGGUGUCGGGCAGCUGACGGGAGUGUUCCUGCGAAGAGCCAAAGGUUAGAAGAUAACUAGUCAGAGAGCCACGCUGAAGGGGUAGGUAGGGGUUAUCAGUUGUGUUUGCCUGGCGGUGUUAUAAUCGGUGUGAUUGUUGUUGUCUCUGAUUAGGGCGCUGGGGAUGACAGCGCUGUGUAUCUACUUGCUUUGCUGAAGCACUGGUGGUACUGUAUUAAACCUGUUUUUAAACAUCCUGUCCGGUGUCAUGUUUUUGGACAUUCCCAGCGUUUCGUUUCGUUCGCGGCUCGCCUCCCAGUGCCCAGAACUGAACCUCCUAACCCGACAAGAUCCACACACGAGGG